AUGUUAAAUUUUGAUGAAGAUGAUAAUAUAUCCUUUGAAUAUGAUGAAGAAGAAGAAGAAGAAGAAGAUGACGAAGAAGAUGAUGAUACAAAUAUAGAAGCUGACGUAGAAGAUCUGGAUGAUGAUGCAUCUUCAUUUGCCUUUGAAUCUGAUGAUAAUGAUCAUGCUGAAAAUUAUAAAUCAAAUACAACUUCUAAUAAUAAUAAUCAAUUAGAUACUCCAAUUAGUAAACAUCUACGAGAUGAUUCAUCAGUUGUUGGUUGUAAUGGUACUUUAUAUUUACCUUGGAGUAUUGAACAAUUUAUUCAAAUUAAAUUUCUUGACGCGUUGGAUAAAUUAAAAACUUUUAAUUUGUAUGGUUGUUCGGAUGAUGAUUUAUUAAUUAUGUUGCAAUAUAAAAAAUGGCAACAAGAAGAAGUUGUAAAUGAAUUUUUUGAUAAUCAUGAUAAAUUUUAUAAAAAAUGUGGUUUAUUAUUGGGUAAAGAUACUAAUAAUCAAUUUGAAAUUGUUAAAAAUUUUUCUUGUUUUAUAUGUUGUGAAGAUUAUAAAUCAACUGAAGUUUAUUCAUUAACUUGUAAUCAUCAAUAUUGUCUUAAAUGUUAUCACCAUUAUAUAAAUAAUGAAAUUAAUAAUGGUCGUUUAAUUACAUGUAUUGAACCAGAUUGUAAAUUUGUAAUUCCACAUAAAGAUAUUAGUCAUAUGUAUUCUUUAAUUGAAUCAAAACAUUCUGUAAUUAUUGUUGAAAAAACUUUAUUACAAAAUCCAUUAUUAAUUGCAAAUGCAAGAGAACUUAUAAAUUCAAAAAUUACUUAUAAAUGGUGUCCAGCAACUGAUUGUUCAAGUUUUACAGAAUUAUCAAUAUCUGAUGUAUCAUGUGAAGCUCAAAAACAACUGGAUUUAAAAAAUUCAAAUGAUAUUAGUAAAGUUCCAAUAGUUGGAUGUUUUGAAAAUCAUGAAUUUUGUUUUAAUUGUGGUUAUGAAAAUCAUUUACCAUGUCCAUGUUGGAUUGUUAAAAAAUGGAUUAAAAAAUGUGAAGAUGAUUCAGAAACUGCAAAUUGGAUUGAUGCAAAUACUCAUACUUGUCCAAAAUGUCAUACAUCAAUUGAAAAAAAUGGUGGUUGUAAUCAUAUGACAUGUAGAAAAUGUAAAUAUGAAUUUUGUUGGAUUUGUUUUAAUAAAUGGAGUGAACAUAAUAAUAAUUAUUCAUGUAAUAGAUUUAGAGAUGAUCAAAAAGAAGAAGAAAUUAGAAGAAAUAAAUCUAGACAAACUUUAGAAAGAUAUUUACAUUUUUAUAAAAGAUAUUCAAUUCAUGAAACUUCAAUGAAAGGUGAUAAAAAAACUUUACGUAAAAUUGAUGAAGUUACAAAAAUUUACAUGGAAGAUAGAAGAUCAAAAAAUGAAAUUAAUAAUUUAUCAUGGAUUGAUAUUGAAUUUUUGCCUGAAGCAAUGAGAUCAUUACAAAAUGGUAGAAAAACUUUAAAAUGGACUUAUUGUUUUGCAUUUUAUUUAGCUUCAAGUAAUUUUUCUCAAAUUUUUGAAACAAAUCAAGAUUAUUUAAAUAAAUCAGUUGAAGAUUUAAGUGAAGUUUUUGAAAAAAUUAUGGAUAAAAAAAAUGAUGAUAAAGUUGGUACUAUUCUAAAAAAUAAGAUUAAAAUUAUUAAUUUAAGUGAAUUAAUUUUACGUCGACAGAAGACAUUAAUUAAAAGUGCGGAAGAAAAUUUACUUAAUGGGUUAUUAAAAUUUGAAAUUGAUUAG